CGAGCUUCCUGAAUAAAUAAAGUUAAUAAAGAACCAUCUUAUCUAAGGGACACUCGUGUGAUUAGAAGAUAAAUAAACGUUUUUUUUGGGAAGUGAAAAGCGGCAAAAUCAUGAAGGUCUUCGUAUCGAUGCUUUUGAUUCUCUCAGUGACUGUGAUAGCAGCGCAAAGGUACACUGACAAAUACGAUGGUAUAAAUAUAGAUGAAAUAUUGUCCAACAAGAAGGUCUUAUCAUCGUAUAUCAACUGUCUAUUGGAUAAAGGAAGAUGUUCAGUUAACGGAAAGGAGUUGAAAUCUCACAUAACAGACGCGCUACAGACUGGAUGUCGUAAAUGUACUGAACCACAAAAGCAGGGUUCCCGCAAAGUCAUCCGGCACAUGAUUAAAUACGAGAAGCAAGCCUGGAUCAGUCUUCAGAAGAAAUAUGACCCAGCUGGUACCUAUGCGAAAAAAUACGAACGCGAACUUAAAGGCAUUCAAUAGCUGAUGCUCUGGUUACAUUAGGAGCACAAUAACGGUUUUAUGAAUGUAUCUCGAAAAACAGUCAUUGUGCUUUAUUUAAUGGGCUCUCUUCAACAUUGAACUU